AUGGCAAAAAACAAAGAGAAUGGGGGAUUAGGUUUUAGAAAUCUUAGAGUUUUUAAUGAAGCCAUGUUAGUUAAACAAUUAUGGAGACUGAUAACCAAACCUAACCUGCUGGUCAGUAGGGUUUUGAAAGGAAAGUAUUUCUGGAAAGAGCAACUUAUGGAGGUUAAAUGCAAGAAUUCUGAUUCCUGGAUGUGGAGGACUUGGAUGGAAGCACAAUCUCUAAAACUGGGCAUGAGAUACAGGCCAUCUUUUAUCCAUGUAUGUCAAUUCCCUAGUGACAGAGAUAGAUUGCAAAAAGUUGAAGAUCUGAUUUUGCAAGAAACAAAGGAAUGGGAUGUUGAACUAAUCCACAAAACUUUCAGCCCAACUGAUGCAGCUGCAAUCAUCAAGAUGCCCUUUAGUCACAGUGGCCAGAAGGAUAGAAUAAUAUGGCAUUGGCACCCGCAAGGAGAAUUUUCUGUCAAAUCAGUCUAUAAAUGCCUAAUGCAGAAGAGAUCCCAGGAAGAACCAGGUUCUAGUCAUGCAGGUCCUCUUAUCAAACAGAUGUGGAAAAACACAUGGAAACUCCCUAUUAAAGGUAAAGUUAAGAAUUUUCUCUGGAGAUGUUGGUUUGGCUUUCUAAGCACAGGGAUCAUUGGGAUUCAGUGGGAUUGUUUGGAUGUGCACAAAGCUUCUUUCAAGUACUGGUGGUUUGAGGUGUGCUCAAAGAGUAAUGACCCAGGACUGAAAUGGAUAGAUUGUGAAAAAGUUCGGGCACCAGAGACUGUUAUUGCUAGAAAGGCUCAGGAGGAAUGGCUUGAAUUUUCAGACAGUUGCAGGGGGUGGCAGAAAGAAGAGGUUGAAGUGGAGGAUUCUCAUAGUGGAGUAGGGCAGGCUCAUCUAGCUGUUAGUACUCUAUCCAACAUUUCAGGCUGGUUGGGAUUUGAAGGAGGAGUACUCAGAGAAGGUGUUUUGAUCCAGCAGUGGUCAGAGGCUAAACAAUUUGCAGGAACUAAGGAAGAAGGGAAGCUGCUGGCAAUCAGGUGGAUUUUAGAGAAGCAUUGGGUGCAGAUAUUGAAGAACUCACAUGCUAUGUGGAUGACAGAACAAUAG